AUGAAGCUCACCACGUCCUUCUCGGCGCUUGCGUCCCUGCUCGUCCUCUCCCUCACCUCCGUCUCCGCCGGCAUCGUCACUGACGCCAGCACCCUGCGCAACACCAGCUACGACUACAUCAUCGUCGGGGGUGGUCUCACCGGUCUUGUCGUCGCCAAUCGUCUUUCUGCCAACAGCGCGGUGAAGGUGCUCGUCAUCGAAGCGGGCAACGAUGACCGAACCAACCCGGACGUGUACAACGUCGACAACUACGGUGCGGCGUUCGGCACGGAUCUGACGUAUCACUUUGAGACGGUGCCGCAGGUCGGAGGUCGCACGAAAGCGCCCUUGGGGGGUCGCACGCUCGGUGGGAGCACGAGCAUCAACGGUGCUGCCUGGAACCGCGCGUCCAAGGCGCAAUACGAUGCGUUGGGACCCUUGAUGGUUGGAAGCACCACCAGCGGUUGGUCCUGGGAUGGUCUGCUCGGAUAUAUGAAGAAGAGCGAGGCCUUUUUCGCCCCCAAUCAGGCUCAGACGAAUAACGGCGCUCGAUACGACCCAAGUGUUCACGGCACCAACGGUCCACUCAAGAUCGGCUUUUCGCAGAUUCGAAGCAACAACCGAAAACGUGGGGGUGCGACCCAGGAGUGGAGGAGGAUGUUUACGGGUCCCCAGCAGCCCGCGUUCAUCAAGGCCAUCGGCGCAACCCUUGGCGUCCAACAGGUCAACGACCAGUGUGCGGGACAAGCCAACUCGGUUGCGUUUACACCCAACUCGAUCGACCAGAACAACAACCGCGUUUCCGCUGCUACGGCGUACUACACCCCCGUGCAGGGAAGGCCGAAUCUGACGAUCCUCACGGGCACCAUGGCGAAGAACCUCGUCUGGGCCGGAUCGAACAACAACUCGUGGCGCAGCUCCGGUGUUGUCGUGCAGCAAAGUCACGAUGGGGAUCACAUCCAGGUGAAUGCCAACAAGGAGGUGAUCCUCGCCGCUGGUGCGCUCAACACGCCUACGCUGCUGCAGCGCUCCGGCGUCGGCGCAAGCAGCGACCUCCACCCGUUGGGUGUCGACGUCAAGGUGGAUCUCGCAGGUGUGGGCAGGAAUCUGCAAGAUCAGACCAUGACGACCAUCGGUUCGCGUGCCAAUGUGGUGUAUGACGGUCGAGGUCCCAGUGCUACCAUCGGCAUGCCGAGCGUCAACCAGAUCUUCAAGAACGCCACCGACAUGCGGGGGUAUGUCAACGCCAAUCUGGACGGGUGGGCGAACCAGCUGGUGGCGCAAGGGCACGUGGCGAGCAAAGCAGGGGUCAUGGCACAGUGGAAGUCGGCCGUAUCGCUGAUCUUCGAUCAGGCAGCCCCCGUGGUUGAGUUCUUCUUCGAUACGGGCUAUCCGAGUGGUUCGUACGGGAUUGACAUCUGGCCGCUUUUGCCGUUUUCAAGGGGAAGCGUGAGAGCGACCAGCCUCAAUCCGUAUGACAGCGCACGGGUCGAUCCGAACUACUUUGGGUUGCCCAUCGAUAUGGAUGUUCAGGUGGCCUCCCUCCGUGCCGGCCGUCGCGUUCUGCAGGACAACAACCUCAAGCAGCUCACGUGGAAUGGAGAGACGACGCCCGGGUUCGAUAUGAUCCCCGACGGGAGCAAUGCAGGGAGGUACAGCAGGUGGAGGGACUGGAUUUUGGGGAUCACGCCCAACACGGGCGGCUUCUCGGCGGUGAGCCACCAGCUGGGCACGGCGGCCAUGGGCAGCAGGGCCAAUGGUGGUGUGGUGGAUGGUAACUUUAGGGUGUACGGCACGCAGAACGUGCGGGUGGUCGAUGCGAGUGUCCUGCCGGUGCAGGUGUCGGCGCAUUUGAGCGCCACGUUGUACGGUGUUGCGGAGAAGGCGGCCGAUACGAUCAUGAGUAGUUGA